UUGAUUACAAGUAUUGAGUUUUGUCGAUAACAAAUUAAGUAUUAACCUACGAGCAACGACAGUCGACAAUACGACAUACACGUUAGUUCGUUACUCGUUAGUAGUGUUAGUACCAUUCACUUCGCAAUCUAUUCGAAUUGUUCAUGAUGGCUGAUGAAACUUCCGAGUUACCACCUAAUGUACUUGAUGUACUGAAGAAUGCAUCGGAAGAAAUACUGAACAAUCAGGACGGAUGUUGUUUCACGGUGGAUAACUCACUCAACGAUGAUGUUAAUGAUACGUUUUCUUAUAAUACAGCUGAGUUGGCUGAAUUCAUUAACUUCGAUAUGAUUGGUGAAGAAGGUGACAAUCUGGAGUCUUUUAACCACCUCAUUACUAAUGAAAACCAUCAAGAUCUAACUGGUGAUCGCAAAGUGUUAAAAAUAUUACUGGAACAAGGAAUCGGUCAUGUUGUACCUGAAAACUAUAUAGUUUUUAUACAUUAUAUUGCUUAUGUAUCAAACAUUCUAGAACCAUUUGAUGUAACAUAUAUUCAAGGAAGACGACCUAAACGAUUUACAUUGGGUAAUGGUGAACUCUUACCAGGAUUAGAGUUGGGUAUAAAAACAAUGACUACAGGUGAACAUGCAAGAUUUAUAAUUAAACCAGAAUUAGCUUACAGAGAAUUAGGAUGCCCACCUCGCAUACCACCAAACUCAACUAUUCUAUUUGAUGUCCAUCUUGUUUCCUUUUUAUCGCCUGAAAAUAUUACAAUCUUUGACAGAGAAAAUUGCGAUCCAAACUUAUUUAAUAAAAAUCUUAUACAAGUAAAAAAAUUACAUCUUGAAGCUAAUGAAUUGUUUAAACUUAAAAAUUUGGAAAAAGCUAUAUAUAAGUAUAACCGAGCAUUGGAACUACUGCAUUUAGCAGGGUGCAAAAAUAACAAUGAAGAAAUAGAAAUGAUGAAAUAUUUGAAUAAACUUUAUACAAAUUUGAGUUUGUGCUAUUUAAAGCAAUGUGCUUUUAAUAAAGUAUGUCGUAUGGGUAUAGAGGCUAUGAAAUAUUCAGAAAGAUUUUCCAAACGCUCAGCAAAAUUAUUUUUUAACUGGGGUAAAGCAUUACGCUUACUUAAAGACUUUACAGAAGCAAAGAAAAAGAUUCAAAUUGCAUUGAAACUUGAACCUCAAAAUGAAACAAUUCUUAAUGAAAAUUAUAAAUUAGAAAAGGAUCAAAAAUUUCAUCGUAAUGUUGAGUUAAUUACAUUUACAGAUGAAAAUAAUGCUGAUGACUCUACAAGGUUAACUCCUGAAUUUUGGGAAGUGUUCAAUACACACUUAUUUGAAUUUUAUAAUGGUGAUGAUGAUGUAUUAACAGUUAUGUGGAACAAAAACCCAGAUGAUUUUGAAAUAAUCAAAAAUAAAGCAAGUGCUUAUGAUCUCAAAGUUCACAUUAUCACAAAAGCUGGUGUUCAGACAAAUUGUAUUGCUAUCCAAAAAUAAAUAAUUAUUAAAGUUAAUUUAAAAGACUUCGU